ACUGCUUUUUACUGAUACUCUAACUUCGCGCUACUAGUGACAGCUUUUUACUGAUACUCUUGUUCUGUUUGCAUUUGUAUGAGACUAAAAGGCUAAAACUAUUUCUCCAUAAUAAAAAUGCUAUUUGUGGCAGUUCAUGUUACAAAGCAGUAAAUGAAACAGAAUAUUUCAAAGAUUUCAAAGAUUUAGUAUUGUUAGGGACAUGUUUAUAGAAGGACUCAUUUGACUGCUGUGCAAUUUUACAAUUUAAUUUAAUCACUGUGGAUAGAAACAUGGAAAACGAAAACGUAAAGCAAAUACUGACGCAAAUAAAAGAUCAGUGUUUACUCAAAGGAGUUGGUGGAAUAAAAGGGCUUGCAGUUCUUUUUCGCAGAAUGGACGAAGAUUUUUCAAAGCGUCUGUGUUUCAUUGAGUUUUGUCAAGGGUUACAAACUUACGACCUUCAUGUAGAAGAAAAAGAUAUAAAUCUUUUGUUUCAGGUCUUUGAUAGGAAUAAAAGUAAUGAAAUCGACUUCAUGGAAUUCAUAUCAAAACUUCAACCGGCCAUGUCACCCAAUCGUGUUGAAGUAGUCAAUCAGGCGUUUGGACUACUUGACGUAAAUAACGAUGGUGUCUUGAAAAUGGAAGAUCUAAAAGUUGUUUAUUCAAGAAACGCAAAAAAGCAUCCAAAGUUUGUUUCUGGAGAAUGGACAGAAGAACAAGUACUACAGCACUUCUUGAAUAGUAUAGAUAGUCCCGGUAAUCCAGAUGGCAAGGUGACACGUGAAGAGUUCAUGAACUACUAUGCGGGAGUCAGUUCUACAGUAGAUGACGACAGCUACUUCGAUCUCAUGAUGCGAGCAUGUUAUGGCCUUCCGAAUAGGGGUACAUAA